AGUUAUGAUUUAAAGAUGGUCAAAUUGCAGGCAGCAUAAAAAGUUAGAAGGCGAGUUGACAGGCGGCACACUUACGUUUUUCAGCUUUGGAUUAACAUGGGUGACAAAGUGCUUCUCUUACUCCUCGUGUUACUGUUAACUAUUGUGAAAGGUCAGUCACAGACAAUUACCGAGAAUGAAAACGUGGCACCUGCUAGCUCUUCAGAUGACUUACAACCUUCGGACUCGACGAUUAAGUUCUUAGUCAUGGAUCCAGAAGAGGAAAAAAAUGGUAAUCCUGAAAAUGGAAUGACAUCUACUGAUGAUGACGAUGAUGACGACGAUCCGGAGGGGUUAAAAAUGCUAAAAUCGUUACUUGAUGGUACUGGUUUGUUUGAGGAUUUCGUCGGUGAAAACAAUACUGAACAGGGGGACUCUGCAAGUGUUAAGCUUGCAUCUGCCGUAACCGAAGAACCUUUGCUUGCAUCAAACUCAGAUGAUGUAGAAACUAGAAGUGAAGCACCAGAAUUAAGUCAACCAAACUUCCAAAGAAACAGCUUUGAUGAAUCCAAAGAAGAGAGAGAAACUGAACGGCCAUCUUCUUUUAUGCCAGAAAACAACCGCUUAAGGAACGAGCCCACUACUGAAAACUCACCUGUAUUUCAACUCACUCAAGGAGGAUAUCAGAGACCUUUCCAGUCUGUUAAUGACUUCCGAGAUCAGAGACAGAGUUUUAGAUCAGAAAGUGCCCCACAACAAGCCGAAGCAGUUCGAACUCCUAAUAGUAAUGAAAAUUCUGAUCGUACUCGAGGUCGUCAACAAUCAUAUAACUCUAUAUUUCAGCCACCUUUUGCUUUCCAACCAGGACCCGUUUUUAGACACCCAUUUGCUCAACAACCGAUUAAUUUUGCAAACGCAAAUGGAAGAAUACCCAGUGACAUUCAAAACUCAUUUUACAAUACUCAGCCAGACUUUUCACAAGGUCAGUAUCCACAGCUUGAGAAUGCAGGUAACUUUCCAACAGUAUUUUCACUACAAACUGAUCAAAGAAAUCCCUUUGCAAGUUCAGAAUAUCUAUUUCAAGCACCCUUCCAAGUUCCUGUUUCUCAAUCUGUGCCUACACAUAUGCCAGGACAAAUGCCACAGUUCUUCCAGCAAGAAUCCUCUCCAGGUUAUUCCAAUUAUGACAACUCCAUGAAUCAAGCCGGAUCUGGGUUUCCGGCAUUAUUUGGUAAUCCUCAAGCAAAUACCCAAUAUCAACGCAGCCCUAAUCUUUUUAACGGCAAUCCAAAUUUAAGAGGAAAUAUUUUUGCUAAUCCAGCUCUGAGCAUCCUAUCAAAUUACCCCAACUCUGAAGAGAGAUCGCAAAUUCCUCCACGAUUCAUAAAUCCUCAGCAACGUGCCCGAGUUCCUGUUCAAAGCAAUGUUCGUCCAGGACAAAUGUUAAGUUCUACACCAGCUGAAAGUGAAGAAAAACAAACUGAGCUGUUAACCGAAACUCCUAACAAAGAAAAUCCCAUAUCCGUUCCAUUUGGAGCAAGAAUACAAAGGCCAAAUAAUGUUGAAGAGCAAAACAAUUUCGAGAGACAAGAUAAUGUAUAUAUGAGAUACCCUUUGACAGAAGCUGGAUACGCGACUGAAGAAACUCUUCCGACUAAAAAUGUUACAGAAAAGGAAUCGAAAGAAAAUGUUGCACCAUUAAGACAGCCUUUCCCUUUUUUUACAGUCCCUAGAAGUUACAACGUUUAUAACAGUCCUGAUCCUUACAGAGCUGCUUUGGAAACUGUUCAACGAGGUUUUCCCAAUGUAAGAAUUGAAGAUAACGACAACCAAAAUGAAACCGAAGGCAGUACGCCUGAGCAAUUCUCUCAAGGAUUACCCGGCAUGCCUAAUCAAGAAAGACCUGAGGCUCCUCCGCAACUAUUUAGAACAUAUCCAGAAAGAAACCCCGGUUUAUCGAUACCAGAUGCUUCCUUUUACCCGAUUCAAGGUGUAAGUCCUAACAGAAAUCCUUUUGAACCUAUUGCAAUCUUUCCCGAAAAUCAUUUUCAAUUCGCACCAAGACCAGUAGAAACAAAAGAACAAACACAAACUCCAGCUUGUGCGAAAGCUACCAAUGAUACAAUAUGCUUUGAAGAUCCAGCUUAUCCAAGAGGAAUGGGUGAUCCGUGCACAUCAGUGGCUGAUAUAAAGACAGCAUGCGUUCAAAAGUACAGUCUGCAACGCCUCCUAUCGUGGAGUGUUGAAAAAGGUGUUCACGACGAUGUUUACAGGCUGCCCAUAGCUUGUUCAUGUCAAAUACUUGAACAAAAGGAAUGA